AUGCUGGAUACCGUUGAAAAAGAAUUCGAGUUGGCUGUCAACUCGGGGGAAAUCCCAGGCGUGGUGCUUAUGGCCAAGGACAAGUCGGGCAUCAAAGUCAACUACACGCGUUGUUAUGGAGCCAAGACUGCUCGGGCCGAAAUUGCCCCUUCGUCUAGACCUCCUCUGAAGGCCGACACUCCAAUGCGUCUCGCAAGCGCAUCUAAAAUUAUCACCACUGUUAUGGCGUUGCAAUGUGUCGAGCGUGGAGUUCUUCGUAUGGAUGAGGACGUCAGCACCAUUUUACCUGAGAUUGGGAAGAUGAAAGUGUUGGACGGUUUCGAUGACGAGUCGCAACCAAAGCUAAGGUCCAUGAAGGGGGCCGUUACGCUGAGGCACCUUUUGACCCAUACAUCUGGUAUCAGCUAUGUUGUUGAAGACCCAAACCUGAUGCGAUAUCGAGACUUAGGCUUCAUUUCAGAGCCCGCCGCCGGGACGGUAACAGAGCGCUUCAAUUACCCGCUCAUACACGACCCCGGUCUGCGAUGGUCUUAUGGUCCGAACCUUGAAUGGACGGGUAAACUGGUUGAACGAGCCACCUGUAUGGACUUGGAUCAGUACCUGCAAGAGAACAUCUGCAUACCACUGGGAGUGACAGACAUGACGUUUAAACUGCAGCAACGUCCCGACAUGGCUAUAAACCGAGCGGAUAUGAGCAAACGCGACCCAAAGGGAGUGCCCCAGAAUGAGAAUGCGAGCUACUUCCAGUCUGACCCAAAAGAUUGUUUUGGUGGCAUGGGGAUCUUUGCCAGCUCAGCUGCAUUCAUGGAGUUUCUAUAUUCAUUGACAGCCAAUGAUGGUCGACUUCUCGGGGCUCAGACGGUCGAGGAAAUGUUCCGUCCGCAGCUAGAUUGGGAGUGUGAGCAGUCUCUCAAUGACGAACUCGACUCCAGACGAGAGACCAACCAUGGAGGACUGCUACCCCAAGUGGAUAUCAGAAGAAAUCACGGGCUUGGUGGGUUGAUGGUCAUGGAAGAUUGUGACGGAACGAGUUGGCGACGGAAGGGUUCGAUGAGUUGGGGAGGAUUUCCCAAUCUGUACUGGUGCAUUGACCCAAUAGCUGGAAUCUGCAUUCUAAUCGCCUUUCAGCUGAUUCCGUGGGCUGAUAAACAAUGUGUUGAGCUGGGCAGACACUUUGAACGAGCCAUAUAUCAGAAACUAAACGAAGUAGAAGAGUGA